CAUUCAUAUGCCAUGAUCAUUCAUCAACCAUCAAUCGAAUAUAAUUGUGGUUAUUAAUCAUCCAAACAUCAUUUCUCAAUAAUCGAAUUGGGAAGUUGCUUCGAUAAGAACUUUCCGAAGAAGGCUUUACAAGAAUAGUAAGGCCUACGAUAACCGCAUCGUCAACCUACUCUCUCCUAUUUCUAGGAGGCGCACAAUAGCAUCGCCGCCGUUCGGUCGCUGUCACUGUCACCUUGGGUCGCUUUCACCGAUAAGAGUUGGAAAAGCAACAUUUCAUCAAUCCCUCUCACCCUUUUCUCUCCUCCACCAAUCCUUAACUCUCAUAUCACAAAGUGAGAGUGAAAUUCCAUGUUCUUCGAAACAAAUCGACAGACUCCCUACCCUCCUCCUACUACCACUUACGACUUCACAUCAGAGAAAUCGAGAGUGAUGUCUACCGAUUUCGCAAUGCCGGUUCAACAAUUCACGGCUUCCCCUUCUCAAUAUACUCUCUACAACAGCCAACAAAUCUCUCCAACAAAUACCACCCCGCCAACUCCAAAUAAUGCUUCUCCCACUUCACCAAGAAACGGACUUCCAAAUUAUUUACCAGCGCACACUAGACAGUUGCGACCACCCAAGUCACCAUUGUAUGUGCCAGCGGUUUUGCGACCAACAGAUCCACCCAGGAGAAUGAUGAAGCCAUCACCACUUACUCCACCACAAAGUAUGCAUAGCAGCUUUGAUGAUUUGGAGAGCGCAACAACAUUGACUAGAAGAUCGACUGGAGAUAGUGGAAAAUUUGGCUUGGGCGCAAUAACUGAAUCUGAAUGGAGUGUCGAGGGCCUUGGAAAGGUAACCGCAAUGCCAACAAGAAAUCACUGGAAGCCUGAUGCCGAAUCCUCCAUCUGCGAUGAGACUACUUGCACAAAAUACUUCACCUACUUCACAAGGCGCCAUCAUUGUCGGCGCUGUGGAAACAUUUUCUGCGAUCAACACUCUGGUUAUUCAAUUCCUCUUGAUCAAGACGCCAACUACCACCCAAAGGGCACUCAAAGCCGUUCCUGCGAACACUGCUGGCACGAGUAUAGAAGCUGGUCCAUUGCACGAUCCAGUCGUUCCAACAGCGAAAGCUCUCAAGACGAACCCAGAACUCCCACUACUCCAGUCGUUAAUUGUGCCAGAGGUAGAGUUGUCGACAAUCUCAUUGGCCAACAACUGAAAGGUCCACCCGAGAGUCUUCCAGCAAGUGUCCCAAGAGAUUGGCACUGGAGUACCUUUUAGAUGAAUCCUGGAACGUUACAUAUAUACUUGGACGUUUACGAAUUCUACGAAUUCCCUUCCUUUUUGAUACCACAAUUACGAUAAGAAACGGCCUAUUUGAGAGAAAGAUGUAUGAACACACAAUAAUUUUCAACCAACAUUGGCAGACAUGUCUUCAACAAUUUAAUGUUUGCUGCGAGUCGAAUUUAGCGUUGCUAUCGCCUGCUUUCAUCGCGUUGAAUACCCAAAGAUCCAGCUUACUUUUCGAUCGGCUUUGAACUAGGCCUUUGUGCCAGAGCAAUAUACUAUUGCUUGCAUAUCUUUUGAUUUUUUCAUUGGGGAUUUUGUUUUUGGCAAAGAUCUUCAUACAUAUUACAUUUUAGACUAAUUGUCUUUUUGCUUUUUUUGCGUUCGCAGUUGCUUUAGCGUGUGGUUUUUUGGUUGAUGCAAUACAAUGGGACGUCUAUAUAUCAUCUAGACUUUGAUAUUGGCGAAUGAUGGAAGAUUGGGUGUUUGAUGGAAUGGAUCCAUUAUUCUAAUGGAUGGCGUAUUGGGAAUGAUAUGAUCACGGUCAUGGACUUAUGGGAAUGGGAAUGGGAUUGAUGAUUGAAGAUCGAGGAAUGGGAUGGAUGGGGUGUUUUGAAAUGACGAGAGAAGAUGAGAAAUAUAAGGAUUGAAUUGCUGGCCAUAUGUUUCUUGUCAUAGGGUUAGAUUAGAUAUCAUAACUUUGCUACAAUGAAAGUUUGAAGAUUCAAAGA